AUGGACCUCGAUAUCGAUCUGACCGGAGGCGCCGACCAGACCUUUGGCGGAGGUAUUACACCACAGCACACAAGCAAUGGACAUAGCAUCUCGAACGCUCCGACACUCUCGGCGCAUCCGCAAGCACAGCAGCAGCAGCUACACCAACAGCAGGAGACAAGCCUGACGGGAGCUGGCGCAGGUCCGCUACCGACAGGUUUUGGAAUGUCCACGCCCUCCAACAGCAGUACCCUGACCGAGUUCACGAAGCGUCGCAACUGGUCGCAAAGGAUCAUCGAAGAGCUGAAGGACUUUCUACACAUUCUCACACCCGACGGGCGCAUUCUAUAUGUCUCGCCUUCGUGCAAAGUCAUCACCGGCCAUGAUCCGCAUACACUCAUUGGGAAAUUCAUAGGCGAGUAUGUGCAUCCGGAUGACAGUGGCAUCUUCAUGCGCGAGUUCAACGAGAGCAUUGCCAGUGGAAACGGCUUGCGAUUCUUCUACCGAUUCAAGAAAGAUGAUGGAACAUUUAUGAUAUUUGAAUGCGAUGGACACCCACAUAUAUCCCCCGAGCCUCCGGGGUCACAAAGCUAUGGCCAAACACCGGCGGGCAAAUCGCUGGCGGUUGCUGGUCUAUGCAGAGGCUUCUUUAUGAUGGCGCGACCAUAUCCCACGAGAAAUGCUGCGCUACUGGAUUCAUUCCUCGAGCACAAGAUUGAGAACGAGCGGCUCAUGAAGCGCAUUGAAGAGCUCAAGCGCGAAGAGCUGGAAGAGAACGCAGAACAGGACAAGCUGCUUCGAGAGCAGGGCUCACAGACUGGUGUGACACAAUCAGAGUCGCGCACCUCCAAAGCACCUGGCGACGCAACGUCCGAGGCGCAAGUUACUGCUGCUCCGACACCAAACUAUCAAGGCAUGCCUCCCCCGGCAAAGCCUACGAUAUCAAAUACUGCGUUGACGCGGCAGAACUUGGACAGUGCUCUUCAGGCGCAAAGACCAGACAGCAUCGCCGACAAGAUGUCACGAUACGAAGCCAACAAUACCCAUCUGGAAAGCAUUGAGCUGCUGACAGGUCUUCGCUACCGAGAUGGAGAACGCAGCCACGGAAUCAGCACAGGAGACACAUCUCCGGCUCUCAUUCGUGGCGACGCAGGCAUCGCCAUCCUAUUAGAUCGCGAUCGGGAAGGCGCGAAGAAGGAAAAGAAAAAGCUCAAAGUCGCCGACGAAUACGUCUGCGCCGACUGCGGGACUCUCGACUCGCCGGAAUGGCGGAAAGGGCCCAAAGGACCCAAGACGCUUUGCAAUGCCUGUGGUCUACGAUGGGCGAAAAAGGAGAAGAAACGCUCGGGUGUCGAUGAUGGAAAUACGAGCAGUCCAGGUGGUGGCAGCAUGAGUAUGCAUGCAUCGACGCCACUUGGCAGCCAGAUGGGUCUGACAUCAAUGGGGAACCCGCCGGGUAUGCCAAUGCACAACAGCAACGAGAGCGGUGGGAGUAGCAUGUAG